UAUAGGACAAAGGUCACAGGGAGAAGCACACAUGGCAUUGUAUACAGAAAUUUAUCUACAGUUGCUGCAAUGACAGAGAUUGUUGUUCCCGACUCUCCGCCUCAAGAGAUGCAUGGCUUUGCUGCUAGUAUGGUCCGUGGUCCCCCAGUACACAGCGAGCCUGAUAUUGACAUCAUCCUUCCCUCGCAACGAGCUAGUCUGCUGGCCACUAGCACUAGUGGUGAAACCUGGUACACGGAGUCUAUGAACACCGCGCAGCACAGUGGAGACUUCACUAAUAUAGAGCACCCGAUGUUUGGGCAUGAUGUGUUUGGAGAUGAUCUCACGGCCAAGGCUCUCGACACGUGCAAGAAGACUGUGCUCCAUCCUUACCUUGCAUUCCUCAAGGCAAUUGGCUGGCGAAGAUUCCAUCCCAAACGUUAUGACCUCCAACCUCCCAAGUGGCUCUCUGCUGUCAAUGUAGUGUGGCCAUCGUUUGUGUGUCUCCUUAUUGUCAUCUCUUGUGUCACUCAAGUUCUGAGCUGCUUCAGACGCGACUCUGUACCUUCUUCUCUGCGGCUGAUAUUCCAUCACCAUGAUAACUUGUCUGUUGGGCAUUACAAUAUCUCAUGCAAGAGCCACUUGCUCACAACCUUCAUUGUCCCAGACCUUCUCCUACUCUCAGCAUUUGUAUAUGGUCUCUAUAUAUUCCGCUGGGUCCAUACAGAGCAACUCUCCACACUCACAGAGACAGUGUUCCUGGGACAUAUUGACAGACAUGGACCUUACUCUCACAAGAGGCUCACACUCACACUACAACUGCUCAUAGCUGUGGGGCUACUGUGGAUAGUGUUGUCUCUGGUUAACAGUAUUGUUCGAGUUUAUGUUCUCCACUUGUUGGCUCAGGACACCACCAUUGACCUCAUCCAACCACUGGGUGGUAACAAUCUGGUGUUUCGCUGGAUACUGGUGGUGUUGACAGUGGGAGGGUUCAUUACUCUGGACAUAGCCUACACUGCAGUAGUGGUCAACUAUGCUAUACAGUGUCAACUCCUCGUCUACCUUCUCUGGAGUAUUGGGGAGAGAGUCAAGUCUAGAGAGUGGGACAUUGACCAAUCUGUCAAGGAGAUCCACAAUGGACGCGAGUUCCUGAGCCAUCUCAACAGUCACCUGGCUAGGGCCACCUCACUUCUCCUCUUCAUCUUUGCUGCCUCUUCCAUACAAUCUGUGUAUGGGUUCUAUAGCACUGACGAGUCAGACCAUCCUCAGGCUGGCCUCUUAGGGAUAAUGGCGUCAUUGCAAUGGAUACUUAUUCUCACAUUGCCUCUCGUGCAGGCUGCUAGAGUAACCAAGGGUUGUACUAAACUCAAGAAGUCUGUGUCUGAAGUGCGCUCACGACCCUACAGCUACAAGGACACUCCACAACUUGACCUCGACUCUCUCCUCAAUUACACUAACGGCCUUAACCUCAGUGCUAAACUGGUGAGUGUGUCCAUGAGCCCUGCACUGGUAGUGGCUGGUUUCUUUCUCGGUGCUAUGUUGCUCUUCUUGCUAUUCCAGUUUGAUGAUGCCAGCUCAACUGUAUGGCUCUAACCACCCAUGAACUCUGAACUCCCACAUAGCUACCAUAUGAACUCUGACCCCACAUAGCUACGUAUACCAUGAUUUAACUCUUGUAUAGAAUUGGGAGUCCAAUUAAUUUUUGAUAUAAUUGUUACGUUUGCAAUUGUGUGCCCAAUUUGGGGGAAUUCCCUAACUAUUAGUAUUAAUUAUGAACAUAAUUGAAGAGCAAGAAUUAUGAACAUUAUAUCCAAAUAUGA